AUGAUAACACAAGAUCCAGCAAAACUUGAAAAAUUACUUGAUAUCGCUAAAAAAGGCGGUAUUGGAACAUGCGUAGCCAAUCAGGACAUACUUGCAAAUUCUGAAGAUGAUUUGAUGUUUUAUACGGGAGAAGUUAUAACCGUCCUGAAACGUAUCAAAAAUGAUUUAUAUCUUGGAUAUUGUAAAGAUGUUAUAGGGAUAUUUAAUGGUAAAACGGUCGAUUUUAAUGGACCUUUAAAAAACCCAAGGUCAUUGAGAUUGGAAAGAACUUCAAGCAAAAUUUCAUCGAUAUAUAGUUUUGAUCAAAGUUCCCCCCAACAGGCAAGUUUUCAUUAUCCUUCAGAUGCCACAAGGUCAACUCAAUCUUUAUCAAAUGAGUCAAUUUUAGGAUUAUCAGGUAUAGGAAAUAAUUCAACACCUUCAUCACCUAUAAUUAAUAUUAUACCAGCUACUAGCGAAAUUAAUUAUAAUAACAAUUCAUCGCUUUCGCUUAAUCAAAAUAAUGCUCCAAGAAUUUAUAGAAUUUCUCAACAACCUCCAAUCAACGGUCAAAAUCAAUCUAAUCACAGUGACUCAAGUAAUAAUGAUCAAAUAAUUACGAGAAAACCUCAAAAUUUUGCUCCGAUAAUUCCAGGUAACGGCCAAAAUAAUAUGCAAAAUGUCAUAAUAGAAAGGCCUCUUGUUACAACAAACAUUACGGGAAUGUCAAAUGAUCCAGUUCCUCUAACAUCAAAGUCGCGAGACGAUCAUCAUCGAUCGGGAAGCAUCUCAAACUCCGAUAUUUCAGUACAAAGUUCGUCAAUAGCAUCAUCACCAGUAUCCAUUAACAAUAAAGGACAUUCUCAAAUAUUUGGUUCUCCAUUGAAUUCACCAACUUCACCUAAAUCUUUUCAAUUUAAAUCACGUAACCAUAAAUUUAACAUACCAAAUGGAACUUCUACGGUUAAUGGAAGCACUUCAUCAGAAUCAAUAUCUUCACCACCUCGUUCGACUUUUGGACGAAAUUCACCUUCAAUUCCACAGCGAAAAUUUUCCAUUGCAUCUACGAUCGGUCAUGAUUCUCCAUCAACAACACCUUUACCCUCACCAAAGUUGACACAAAUAAAAGUGAUUCAAGAGGAACAGAUUUUGUUGGACGGUCGAUAUUCAACGUCCACUACGCCAUUGCCUUCACCACGUUUCGUUCCUAGUAACAUGAUCAAUAAUAAUAAUCAUCAAUUUGGAAGUGAUGAAGGUAGGAUGACUUCUGCAAACACACCAGCACCAACGCCUGUUAUAAUCACCCCAAAGAUUACUCUUGAGGAUAGUGAUAUUGAAGAUAGUGAUGAUGAUCCAGAGGAAAACUUAAUUGCUUACGCGUCUUCCAGCAAUAAUUCAACGAAAUCAUCAUCAUCAAAUAAUCCGUCAAAGAUUGCAGAAGUUCCUGUACUAAAGGUUGAAAAUGUUUCCGAUCCUAUAUCUGAUACCCCCUCGGAACAAUUGAGUACAAAUGAGAGUGAAGAGAUUAGUUCUGAAGACGAUAAGGUUGUAGAAAAGAACGAAUCCGAAUCCGAAGAAACACAAUCCAGUAAACCUGCUAAAAAGAAGGAUCAAAUCCUUGCCAUUGAUGAAUACGGUUUCGUUUAUGAUGUCACGGAAGAGGAUAUCCCUCCAGGAGUUGAUAGAAUUCAAAGAAUUAUUCAGGCACCGGGUACAGAAGAGAAGACUACGCGUACAAUUCGGUUGUAUCGUGAACGUGAAGCGAAAUGGGUUGAACUUUUUGGAAGUUUGAAUUCUACUAUGAUCCAAGACAAUAGAAAAGUACAAAUUAAUUUAAAAUCUAUGUUCGGAUUGCGUAUUCCUAUUAAGAAAAAAAUUAUUUUACAGAUCAAGAAAUUGGUUCGUUCUGGAAUUCCAGAAUCCGUUCGUGGCAAAGCAUGGCAAUUUAUGGCCGGUGCAGACAAGUACAGGAAACCUGGUGUUUUUGACGAAUUACGACGUCGACCAAAGCUACCCAUUUACGAUGUUAUUGAAAGAGAUAUUCAUCGUUGUUAUCCAGAUCAUAUUCAAUUCCGGGAAGAUUCUGGAUUUGGGCAAGAUGACCUUCACAAUAUUUUGAAAGCUUAUGCUCAUUACAACCCAGUGGUAGGAUACUGUCAGGGGAUGGGACGUUUGGUUGGUAUGAUGUUGAUGCAAAUGCCAGCUGAAGACACCUUUUGGUUGCUCGUUGCGACUAUUGAAGAAUAUAUGAUUGGAUAUUUCACACCAACCUUAUCUCAGGUUCGAAUUGAUUCGAUGGUUUUUGAGCAACUAUUAGCUGAUCACGAUCCAAAGUUGGCACAGCAUUUGGCAGAGAAUGAUAUUCUACCACUAAUGUAUAUUACUCAGUGGUUUAUGACAAUUUUUACUAUGACUUUACCAUGGGCCUCAGUUUUACGCGUUUGGGAUAUAUUUUAUUUUGAAGGGGUGAAACUAUUUUUCAGGAUUGGGUUGGCCAUUAUGGACUGUUCAAGGGAUCGUUUACUAAAAACUUGUCCAACGAAUUCAGAAAUUCUCGGUUUCUUGUUGCAUAUACCACAUGAUUUGUUAACGCCCGACCUAUUAUUAGGAGCAGCGUUCAAAAUUCGAUUAAAGCGUAGCGCAAUUAGAAGAAUAACUAAGAGAGUUAAUGCAAUGGAAAAGAAUAAUGAAAUUGGGUCGGAUUCAGCAUCCGUCAAUACAGCGGGUGGUAGUAAGGAAACCAGAAGGGGAUUAAUGAAGAAAUCGAAAAGUAUUGAGAAAUUAAAGAUUGAUGGCGUUGAAUUCAAAUUAGUCGGCGAAUGA